CAUGGGCUUGUAGUUUGAACUGUAAUUGUCGUCAUCUCCCCGCCCGCUGGUGGUCCGGCGGGCACUUCUCCACCACCACCCCGGCGAAGAAGAAAAGGAAGAAGAAUGCCUGAUUAUUCCGUUCUUCUUAGCGCCGGUGGUCGGAACCUGAAUGGCCUCGCACUGCUGGCAAGAACCGCCGCAUCUCCGCUCGCACCUCGGCGGCUUCGACCCCAUCAACGCCGUCCCUCUCAUUCCUCCAACCCUGCUGCCGCCGCCGCCGCUGCAAAUCAAGAAAACGACGACGAAGGCGACUACGAUCAUCCCAACUCGUCUCCUCAUUUUCUUGCCUACUGGAAUGGUGAGCUAAAAAUCGAAAACAAUGAAGUAGAUUACUCAUUGCAUUCAAACAGAGCUUUUGUGCUUGAUCUUGAUGUCUCAUUCGAUGAGUUCUUCAAUGAACUCCUUGAUGCCAUUGCCGAUGAUAAUCUCAAUUCAAUCAAGAAAAUUUGGGGGAAAUAUCCCAAAUACAGGGAUGGAGUGUAUGCUGCAUCACGUCCUUUCCCAAUUUCCGACGAACGAACAUGGAGGUGUUUCGUUCAAAAGGCAACCAAGCAAUACGAUGAACUUGAAGUGUACCUAGAGGCAUUAUAUGUUGACAACCAGGUUCACGGAGAAGAAGAAAUAGAGGAAGAAGAACAACAACAACACCACCAUCAUUACCACCACCAACAUCAUGAAGAACAACAACAAUGGGCAUCAAAUCCUGUUUGGUGGGGUGAGGCAGGGCCGUCUAACACGGCACACGAAGUGGAGGAUGAGAGCGACCCCGACGAUCCUAUGUUUGUUUUUAAUUCCGAUGAUGAGAGUUCUUCAGAUGAGUCUGAGGUAUCUGGAUGGGUCUCUAUGUACACACCAGACGUAUACACAGAGGAGCCAACAAACAUUCAGAAUUGCCUUGAUGACGAACCGCGCUAUCAGGAUUUUCCUAUUCAUAGGCCGGUUGAACAAGUUUCUUUACAACCGACGUUUCGUAUCCCUGAGAUUCAAAUCGGCUAUACAUAUGGUGAUUUUAAAAGUUUUCAAUUUGCUGUGUCACUUCGCAAUAUUGCAGAGCAUAGACACUAUCGCACUUCUUCAAAGCGUCGGAGUUAUUGGCUUGCAAAGUGCUCGUAUCCGGACCAGUGCCCAUGGCUCAUUCAGGCUGCUGAGGCAUCUAUUGACGGGUUCAAAUUUUGUUUUCCUGUUGUAUCUGUCGAUGGCACGCACUUAUACGGGAAAUAUAAGGGAGUCUUGUUACUUGCAGUAUUAAUGACGGCAAAUCACGAGAUUUUCCCGUUGGCUUAUUCGCUUGUUGACAAAGAAGAUGGUGAUAGUUGGAGUUGGUUCAUGAUGCAUUUAAUGCGUCACGUAGUACCUGUUAACAUGUCAGUGUGUAUCAUUUCUGACAGGCAUGGGGGGAUUGAUGUUGCAUUCAAUACAAUCCCCCAAUUGAAAGAACAAUGUGUUACCCGAAGAUACUGUUUGCGGCACCUUAGAAGUAAUUUCCAGAAGAAAUUCAACAGCAAGAAGCUAAAGGGCUUGAUGUAUCAUGCAGCGAGUACCCCAGAUGUAUGUGAAUUUAAUCGAACAAUGCAACAGAUUCACACACAACGGGCGGAGGCAUAUGACUGGUUGAAGACUUUACCAUUAGAGAAGUGGGCACUAUGUUGUGAUGGUGGGGCUCGAUAUGGAAUCUUGACUACAAAUCUUUCUGAAAGCUUCAAUCACGUGCUUAAGGGAUGCCGGUCUCUUCCGGUAUACGCUAUCGUGAAGACUACCUAUGAAAGAUUAGUCAAAUUAUUUGCAGACAAGCGUACAGACGGAUUUACAUGGCAACAAGCGGGGUUUAAGUUCCCUAAGUAUGUCUGGAACGAGGUCAGACGCAUGGAAGACAAUCGUUUGCAUUGUCAUGUUAUCCCUCAUCAUCCGCAACUAGGGAUUUAUCGGGUCAUUGUUCAGGGCAAUGUUGGAGCUACUGGUAGAGUAGAUGAAAUAAUGGUACAAUUAGGCCAAAAAAUGUGUAGUUGUGGGAAAUGGGCCACAUUGCACAUGCCAUGUGUCCACGUCUAUGCUGUGUGCCGUUAUUGCAAUAUCACGGUUGAUGAUUUCAUGCCAUCAGUAUUCUCGAUUCAGAGCUAACUGAAUGCGUACUCUGGAAAUGUUAUGCCGCUCCCAAAUGAAAUGGAAUGGCCUAAUCUUGAUUACGAGUUAGAACGACCAAAGACAGCGCAAAGGUCUCAGGUCGGUCGUCCAGUAACUACUCGUUUCACUAAUAACAUGGAUAUGCGACCGCGAAGGCGUCGUGGUGCUACUUAGUUCAUUUAGGAAUUUCUAUGUGUGUUUUUUAAAUAUGUGUUACAUUUAUGUUUUCUUACUUAAGCAGUUUGAUUUUUAAAUUUAUGUACUUUAAAUAUGUCUGAUUAUUAAUAAUUAGUAGUUCAUUUU